GCCACCACCCUCCAAAACCUUUGGAAAAGAAAAACAGAGGGAGAUCUUAACAUUUCAGGCUCUUCAUCAAAUGGACAGGAUCGCAGUCGUUACUGGUGCGAAUAAAGGGAUCGGAUUUGAGAUAUCCAAGCAACUAGCUUCAAAUGGAGUCUUUGUUGUAUUAACCGCUAGAGAUGUGACUAGAGGAAAUGAGGCUAUCGAGAAGCUCACAAGCAUUGGGAUCUCCAAUGUGGUCUUUUAUCCGCUUGACGUGGUCAACGGGACCAGCAUCAAUUCGCUGGCGGAAUUCGUCAAGGCUCAAUUCGGGAAACUCGAUAUUUUGGUGAAUAAUGCAGGCAUAACCGGGGCUACAGGCAUGAAAAAAGACAUGGUUAUGAAUGCAAAUGAUCUGAAAGGUCCGCAGGCCAAAUUGAUGAAAGAGUUCAUUGAGGAGACGUAUGAAUCAGCAGAAAAGUGUUUGAGGACUAACUACUAUGGAAUCAAACAAGUAACUGCUGCUCUUCUACCCCUUCUUCAACAAUCGAAUUCGGCAAAAGUAGUUAAUGUCUCCUCUGACCUUGGCCAGCUUCAGUACAUCCCCAGCGAGAAUAUCAAAAAGGAGCUCAAUGACAUCGAUAGCCUCACGGAAGAGAAAGUGGAUGGUUUGGUGGAGAGAUUUCUGAAGGAUAUGAAGGAGGACAAGCUGGAAACCGGAGGCUGGCCUAUUGUCUUAUCCAGUUACCUCGUCUCGAAGGCAACUCUCAAUGCUUACACAAGAGUUUUGGCAAAGAAAUAUCGUGGAAUCGCCAUCAAUGCCGUGAACCCCGGCUUCGUCAAGACCGACCUAAACCGCAACACAGGUUUUUUGCCUGUCGAGGAAGGCGCCAGGGGUCCCGUUACAGUGGCUCUAUUGCCAAAAGAUGGACCUUCCGGCACAUUCUUCGAUCGUACGGUAGUAUCGACCUUUUGAUCCAGAUUUGGCUUAGUGGUUCGGAGAGGCCAUGUCCAUUUAAACCCUAAAACUAUGUUCUUUUGUAUUUUUCCUUCUAUUCACUGGUAGGAGUUUCUAAACCACAUUAUAGUUGUCUUACUAAGAUUGGAGAGAGUGAAGUUGUCGAAGAGUGGAAUGAUUUGGCACUAUAAAAUACGACGUGAUUCUAUUUAAUCUA